GAUUUUGAUCGGCAAAUCCCGGCUAAUUCACCGGUUUAAUCGAUCUUAGGAUAACCGUUUGGUUAAUUAAGAUAAGAAGCCGGAAAGUCGCGGGAGUCGAUGGGGUUUUUUGGGGGAAAUUCGAGGCCCGUUUAGGCCCAUUUAGGUUUAAUAAUGACACCUCGAACCUUUCCUCUUUUUCCCUUCACGAGUGUCUCGGGGAGUUGAAACGCCGCGAGGGUCCGCUGGAUAUUUAGGGGGAAUUUCGAGGCCCAUUUAGGCCCGAAUAGACCUAAUGAUGAUGCCUCGAACUCCUCCCUCUCUUCUCCUUAUAAAUACGUGGAUCCCCUUUCAUUUCUUCAAGUUUCCUCCGCGAUCAAAGGUACUUUCUCUCUCCUUCCUUUAUCUCUCUAAGUGUUGUAACCUUCAUUCGACGCGAUCUCCACUAUGUCAUCGGUUCCGAGAUUAUCGAGGCAACAAAAAGGGAAAUCGGUCGCGGCGACAUCGACGCCGGCAAGGAAUCCCGACGGAGGUCGUCUCGGGGAUCUGGAAUCUGCCCACCAUGCGGCGAUGAUGGACACCGCCAAUUUAUCUCGUUCCCAAAGGCUUCUGGUCGCAGAUGCUACGAGGCUUGCGAGGGAAGGGAAUGAGAACGUCGCUGUUAGCGACGCGACGGAUUGCGCGAGAGACGGGCAGAGCGGGGCGACGCCUGUCGACUCGGUUACUUUGAGAGCUCGCCCUAUGGAGGGCGAUCCUCCUGAGAAUGACGAUCCCGAAGCUGAGUUAGUCCCAACGACCUUCUAUCCUGACGGGAUUUUCGAGGAGCUUCCGAGGCUUCUACCCAACUUGCUUCGCCCUGCCUUCGUGGCUGGUCAAGACUGGGAGGGUGUAGAAGAGACUAAAUCUACCCCGAGGAGCGUGAAGAAGGUUCUUCGAUCCAAGGGCGCUACGGGCGUAACUUUCCUUAUCCCCACGAAAGAGCAGAGACCUUGGUCUCCUCCGAUCGGAUAUCAGACGGUAUACGAGUCUUACUUCCAGGAGGACACUCGCUGUUGGUUCCCGAUCCCGCGACUGAUCACUGCGUACGCUAGGCGGCGAGACAUCGCGAUUAGCCAACUGUUGAACGGCUCGUUGCGACUGGCCGUCACCUUAUCGAUUUUAGCGGAGCAGAUCGAUAUGCCGAUGAGCGUCAGAUCUUUCGAGGAGAUGACCUCGAUAACCGAUAUGAAGGACGGAACCUACUCGGUGAAAAUGCGACCAAACUGUAAUGUAUGCGCCGGUCAUCCGAACAAGACGCAGAAUUGGCAGCGCUCUUACUUCUUUCUUAAAUCCGACGUCUCGGCUUUCGAGGAGCCUCCUCAGGAGGACUAUCGGGUUCUUUGGAAUCGAUCCUGUGGUAGAGUACCUUGUCGCGAACUACGUCUGACUUUGUUGUUCCUAAUGAGAUUCUCCUUUUCUUUUGUUCGCAGUUGGCCAUCCUACGUCUCCCGUCUAUCCCGAAGAUUUCUUGAAGAGCGUUCAAGCCGUCGCUUUGCUUAGAAUCUACCGUUGGUCUGAGAUCACCGUCGAGAAGACCUACGAGCUUAAAGAUCGGAUUGCUCGAAGAGGGUGGAGGUCAGAUCUUCCAACAGUUCUUCCUAUUCGCGCGAAGAGGCUGGAAAUUUUUCCGAGAGAUAUCCAGAAACAAGUCAAAGAGGCAAAGAGAAUGGGAACUCUUCCAGACUUGAGCGCGAUGCUUGCCGUUCAACUAGGACUGACUAGCGGGGGCGGGCCCUCGACGGCUGUCCCUCGCGCUAGCGAGGUUCCUCCUUCCGGUGCUGCGAGUGCGAAGAAAAGUAGGAAGAGGAAGAGGGGUGUCUCGGGAGCCGAGGAGAACGCCGAGGAGGCGAGCGGCG